AUUGCCACGGAGACACACACACACACUCACACACACACACACACACACACAGUCACGUUCAGCGAGGCAGCUCCGCCUCCUCUGCAGUGUAGCGACAGCCAGCGAGGGCAGCAAUGGAGGAGCCAGCAGUGCAGCAGGAAAAAAUCGAGGGAUCAUGGGAAGGGGGGCACGAUGCAGAGAAGGCAGACUGGAAGAAGAACGAGUGCUCACUGUCCUCCCUCCUCAAACACUCCUGUCUCCUCUGCUGGUCGUCUCCCAGGGACACAGAUGUCAUGGAAACGGAUGAGAGAGUCCUUGCCAAGGCAGGAGAGAUCAGAGUAAGAAGACCGCAGCAUCUAUCCCUGGAGCUGGAGAACGCAGUGGCUGUGGAGCACUUGGAGCUUCAGGAGCAGCAGACCGACCGCAAAGAGCUGGAGGACACUCUGGUGAAGUUAGAGGAUCACAAAGAGAAGCUGAUUGAGCAGAUUAAGGCCACGAGACAGCUCUGCUAUGAAGAGAGCCAAAAGAUCCUGUCCCUGCAGACCGAGGAGGUGCAGAAGGAGAGCCAGGUGGAGGAGUACGAGAAGGAACUUGCCAGAGCGAGGUGGAGGCUGAGGAGGCUCAGAGAGGAGGUGAAGCAGGCGAAAAGGAAGGUGGACGAGGCGGGAGAGAGGGACACUCCUCUGCAGGACUCCAUCAGACAGUCCUACGAAGAGAUCCUGCAGGAGGAGAACACUCUGUGUUCCCUGUCAGGAGGUGCAGUAACUCCAGAGAGCCAGCUGGAGGAGUCAGCGUCUCCCGCAGACACCACCGAGGACGAUCCACUUCCUAUGAAGCCAUGGGGGAGGAGCCAAUCACUGCCCGCCUACGCUGACCUAAUAAUGAGGGCCAGUGGCUCAUCUUUCUGCAAUAAUCUCGUCGAUACCAGAGAAGAAGCUGAUGAUAGCGGGACAAGCUCUACAAAGAUGGACAGAUCUGACUUAGAGGACGACCCGGAGGAGGGGGAGACAUUUAAUGAAGAGGAAAAAGAGAGGGAGAAGGAAGAGUCCGUUACAAACCCAGAGCCCAUCGACCAACUGGACUUCUACCAGGCGGACCCCUUCGCUCACUGCCAGAGUGAACAUGACCUCUUCAAUGAAGACCUGUUCCCAAAGACAGAUACAUCUGAUGGAUUUGCUUCAGACCCUUUCAAAGGCAGCGACCCUUUUGCAGCAGAUGUUUUAUUCCCGGAGGUGAAUGUCGGCGCUGAUAACGGGGCAGGAAACGGGGGAGACGAGGCAGACACCAGUCUGUCCUGUGCUGAAAACAAAGCCUCAACGGGAACUCAAUGCUUCGAGUCUGAGUUCCCAGAUGAGGACAGCGACAUAGAGAUCAGCUACAGCCGAGAGGACCUGGAUGCCAUCGCUGUGGCUGAUGAUGCUCGUGGAUUUAAACCCAUUCAGAGCUCGUCAGAGGAGCUGGGGCCAGAGCCAAUCCAGGGCUGGAGGUCUCAGGGUCAGUACUCAGUAGAAUCAGACCCAAACGGGUAUGAGCUGGACCUUGGUGCUGUCUCUCCUCCCUCCGACAUAGAAGAACAAAGUCUGGGAUCUUUAGCUGGAGAGAUGAAAGUGGAGGCAAAAGAUGAACAGGAGCAAGGUCUGAGGUCUGGUUCGGCUGAGGCUGAGGCUGUCCCUGAGCACGUUGAAUGCGUCCUGUGGGAAGCUGACUGGGGGACCGGCAGCGGAGAGCAAAAACAAUCAUGUGAUGUUACCUCCAGCCAGGGGGCAGCAUGGGGCGACAAUUUCGCAGAAGAAACCAGAAACCCUGCAACUCCCCAGAACUCUCUGGACUGUCAGAACGUUUUCACCCAACCCGACUCGGACCAGGACAGAGAGCUGAGCUUUGAGUACGAUCCAACCAGUCAGUCUUCCUUCGACCCAUACGGGUUCAAACUCAGUCCAGAACAUUCUAGCCAUACCCUCUUGGACCCUGAUGAAGCCGAACUGAGCCCAGAACCCAACGAAAAUGAUCUGACCUUCGACCCAGAGCCCUCCUCUACUCAACCAGACCAACUAACCUUUGACCCAUAUGGGUUUGAUGUUACUUCCUCUCAGUUGGGGCGGGACUCUGACCCUUAUGGCUUUAAGCUCAGUCCUGAGGAAGAGAACCAGGAGGUACUGGAUCUUUGCCCCACAGACAACACUGAGCAGCAGGAACCAUGUAACUAUAGCAACCAGGAAGCACUGGAACCUCAUACCCAUGUAAACCAAGAAGUGUUUGAACUUUGUAGCCCCAACAGCCAGGAGCUGCUGGAUUUGUGUAACAAUGGAAACCAAGAAGUGCCGGAAACUUCUCACCUCAACGACUGGGAGGUAGUUAGCAACGAAAACCAGGAACUCCUUGAUUUGUGUAGUCAUAACAGCCAGGAGGUGUUGGAACCGUUUCACAACAUCAACACAGAGGAACUACUUGAACCUUGUACCUACGAUAACCAAGAAGUGCUGGAAUCUUGUAGCCAUGGCAACAGGGAGCUGCUGGAUUUCUCCCAUCCUAAAAAUCAGGUGGUGUUUGAUGUAGAUAACGAUGGAAACCAAGAACUAUUGGACAUUGGUAGCAGAGGAAAUCAGGAAGUUCUAGUUUCCGGCAGCCAUGGCAACCAAGAAGUACUGAAUCUCAGUAGCAAUGAAAAUCAGGAACUGGUAGACUUAGGUAGCCAUGACAACCAGGAAGUGCUGGACUUGUUUUGUAGGGGAGUUUUACCUGAAGCGAACAACAACCAAUGUACUGUUGAACCAGAGAUCAACGUCAGUUCCACCAAUAACAGCUCAGACAGUGAUGUGACAUCAGAAGACCUGCUGGGACUUGAACUCAGUAACAUCAGUAUCUGCACUACUGACAAAACAAACACCAACUCCAGUGUCAGAAACAUGUCUGCCAGCCAGAACUUCAUGACAUCCAACAAUCCCACCAGUCACCACCUGUUAGAAGGAGAUCUGGGAUCAGUGUUUGGGGCUGGAGGAUACAUCGGGUGUCCAGAUGUGGCUGACGACCUUGAGCCUAUGGACAGAAGGCAGGCAAAGCCAAAACCAGAGCCAGUUCGACCAGUAAGACCAGUGAGGCCCCCUCGACCCUCGCUCAAGGCCAAGGAAAAGGCUCAGCCCCAGACUCAGGGCUUCGACCUGAAGUGAUCUCUCACUAAACAACACUCAUGAUGGGGGGAAAACUACGUCAGCAGGCCUCCUUUGACAACAAUGGCAACACAAGAAGAGGAAGAAGAAGAAGAAGAGGAGAGAAGUAAGAGGGCGGGCGAUCAAAUCCAGACAGACGGGGAAUAAAAAAAGGAGACAUUGGACUUAAGGGAAAGAUCAUUCUGCUGUGAUUUACGGCAAUAAUAAUAGUUUCAGAUGUUUUUAUGUUUUGGAAAGUUUCUGUCCAAAUGGAAAGAUGAGAAGUAACGAAGAUUAACCAAGAGACAUGCUGACACCAUGAGAUUUGAUUCAUACUCUGGAGGAACAUUGAUUGGCUCAUUCCUCAGUUUUUUAAGAGUUAUUUAUAGAAUUUAUGGUUGGAAACAACAAGAUGAAAACUGACAUUUUGAUUAAGUUUGUCGAAGUAUGCUUAUAAAUAUUAAGUCCCACCACAACCUUCUGUCCUAAGCUUCCCUUACAUCACAGGUCUUACUGAAAAUAAUCUCCCCUUCUGUGAUUGAAACUAAAUGUCGGCACGCGUGUCAGUGGACUUUGUCUCAUAGAUAAAAAUGUAUAUAAGUCAUUAUAUUCUACUGUGCUUUUCAGAUUAGUCGAUGAAUAGUUUUAGUUCAGUGUAAAUUGGAUGUAAGAUGUAGAGAGUGAGUGCAUAUCUGUGCCACGGGAACAUGUCAGUAAUUUCAGUCAUUAAUUACUUCAAGGUGCUCCUCAAAGUCAACCCCAAAAUAUGCAGUGUCUCACUGCCAUCUUUGGCGUAAAGUUUCAAACUUCUUCCACCAAAGACCACGGCUACACGGUUUUUGCUGUCAGAAGGGUACCUGGGAUGAGGAUUGAAACCCGGUUCCACGAGGACCAUCCAUCACCUUUGAGCUUCUAGAUACUGUUAUGAGUGUAGUUGGUCCUUUAAGGUCAUGUAAUACCUUUCAAAUCACUGACACCCAGACAUACAUCAGUUCUUGCUAGUGGAAACAAAACCUCAAAGCAGUGUCGUAUAUCAAAUUAAUUGCUGUUGGACAGUCAUCAUCCUCCUCCACUCAUAGCAGCCGUGGUAAGAUCUCCCAAACUCUGCAACAAAAAAAACCCAAAUCUUAUGAUGAAAUCUGUGUUGAAAUUGACGGGAAAAAAGGUAUUUAGCUUACCUAACGAGGGGACGUAUGGUAACAUUAACAUGUGUUCAAAGUCAGGUCAGUAAAAUGCGAAAGGAAAUAAAAGGUCAUCAUGAUGUGUUCAAAUGUAACUUCAAUACAAGGAAAACUGUUUGGAGGAGAAAAAAAGCUUAUUUUCCCAGAAAUAUAAAAUAGAUAUAACAGAUGGAAUUACAACCUUAACUUCCAAACAUGAGCUCUACUCUAACUGGUUUCCAAGAUUAUACCACUUCUCUAAGAAAUUUGUCAUUGGCUCUUCUUUCCAUGAUAAUAGAAAAGAACAGAUAAUGGUAUCAGUGUCAAUAAAAUAUUACUAUUAAAGGAGCAAUAUGUAACCUUGACACCUAG